AUGUCAGCUUACAAAGGACAUCCUCUGCUUUCUUCAAUGCUCUCCAAAAUGUCCUGUCCCAAUAGCUCUCCCGCUACCAACUCGUUUUUAGUAGAUUCCCUGAUCAGUGCUUGCAGGGGUGACAGCUUCUAUUCAAACAGCUCCCUGUACACGCCGUCGAGUAUGGACAUGGGAACUUACGGAAUGCAGACCUGUGGACUGUUCCCGACCAUGACUAAACGAGGAGAGAUCACCCAUCAAAAUAUGAGCAUGAGCGUUCAUCCGUAUUUAUCUCAGGUAGAUGGUUGGGCUGACCAUUCCAGACCAUGUCGAAUUGAGCAACCUGUUACUCCACAGAUGCCCACGUGUUCUUUUCCUACUAGCAUAAAGGAAGAAAGCACUUGCUGCAUGUAUAAUUCUGAUAAGCGGGUCAAAGUAAACCCCACCACAAUUCCCACCUAUUCCAGGCUGGUAACAGAAGGCUGUUCUAUUGAGAACCCUGAGAUUCCCAUCCCGGGAUAUUUCAGACUCUGCCAGGCUUACCCACUAGAGAAAGGUCUGGACUAUAAUCACAGUGGAGAGCUCAGUUCCAAUGUAAUGCCGCAUUCAAACCCUGGGUUUAUCAGUAAACUCCAGGUGUCCGACCCAUCUCCAGCGGAAACGAAAGUAAACGAGAAACCAAACGCCCAGGAAUCCACAAAGGGGAUAUAUGUGGAAAGUCCAGAGCCAAAGCCGAGUUUACUGGAGGCCAGAGCAACCGCCAAAGACGGCGAGUCUGGCUCGGAACUGACGGACAAAGAGGCGGAAGAAGAGACCAAAACUCCGAUAAGCAACUGGCUAACAGCACAUAGUGGAAGGAAAAAGAGAUGCCCUUAUACAAAACAUCAAACUCUGGAAUUAGAGAAAGAAUUUUUAUUUAAUAUGUAUCUGACUCGUGAGCGCCGUCUAGAGAUAAGUAAGGGCGUGAAUCUGACCGACAGACAAGUGAAGAUCUGGUUUCAAAAUCGCAGAAUGAAGCUGAAGAAAAUGAGCAGAGAAAACCGAAUUCGAGGACUGACUACUAACAUGCCCUUCUCGUGAGCGUGAAAUACGGAUUCGAUAAUGUAGUGUCUUACUGGGGAUUGUGGAAUAGGGUUUGUGUAUCCUCUCUGGGAUAUUAUGGUUAAUUCCGAUUUCAGUGUUUUAGCGUUAAGGUUGUCUGAAAGUACAAUAGCACGUUUACCUUAGCAAGAAUAUUUCCAUUUAAGAAUGUUCUAUUGAAUAUAAGGCCAAUCGUUUUACUUUGCUUAGCAGGUCAAGUUUAAGUUGUUAACACGAAAUGGUUUUCGUGCAAUUUGAGUAACGUUUACCGUUUUUCACAACAUUAUUUGAAUCACAGUGACACUUAAACCAUGGUCCCAUAAAUACAAUAUUUAGGUCUGUAGACGAAAUUAUUUUGGCCAUUUUCUAAAGAGUGGGGUGGUGGUAAUGCACAUUUCUUUUAUUUAUAUGCAUGACUGUUGCACGAUUUAUAAAUUUAGGACAUAUAUAUAUAUAUAUUUAGGAUAUAUUUAGGGCAUAUAUAUAUCCUGAAUUAUAUUUCAACACCUUCAACUCUUUUACAAGAAGGGUAGUCUUCACUAAUAUCCACCAAGUUACUCGGGGGCAAAAUGUGAUCAAAAUGUUUUAACUACGACAAAUACUGAUCUGGUUGAAUAAAUUAAAUGUAAUCAUGCGAUUCUGAAAUAAUUUCUCUCUAAUUUCCUAAAAUAUCAUAAAGGAAUGUGCAUUUGUGAGUAUCAAGUGGCCAACAUUAUAUCCGAGGGUAGUUUCCCCUAUUUAAAUUAAAGGAAAGAGCAGUAUUAUCCCGAAGAGUGGCGGUUUGAUUACGGGCACAUAAUUUGUCAAUUUGCGGAUUAAUUCAUUCAAAUAUUGUUUUUACUUUUCUCCCGAGGCAUAAAUGAAUUUGAAUAAAUAAGGAAUUCAUAAUAUUUAUUGGUAUAAAUCAUCUCCCAGAAUAGAAAUUGGUAAAUAUCAAUGUUUGUGUUAUGCAGUACAAAAAAGCCAUUUGUCACAGAAAUAUGUACAUAUUGUAAUAAUAAUCUGUUUUAUUAACGAAGAAAAAGUUCACGGUUAAGCAUUGUUUAUUUGAGUUUAACCACGGUAUGAAAACCAUAUUUCAAUAAGUCCUUGGAUAACCAAGACGAGAUAUUCCGACGGUUUCAAUGUAAAUGACAAUUCCGCUGCUCACGUGCUAAUAUCCCGUCAGAAAUAAAGUGAGUAUAUUUGGUGGCAGUCAGGAUCAAAUGUUAUGAAAUAUUUUCGUUCUUCUGACGAGUCGAGGUUGCAACCUGUAAAUAUUCUCCGCUGCAACUAAAACAAAAGAAUAGUUUUAGUGGCACGAUUAGACAUCUUGAUAUGUCUAAUACUCUAAUGCAUGGGUUUAAGAUGCAAAUGCACUGGUGAAAUAGAAGUUCUCACCAGAUUUAAAAAUAAAUCAAACUGUAAUUCAAAAAUGAACAAAAAGAAACGGUGGGAUAAAGGAUUAAUUCGUUGCAUCCCAUUUGACAAAAAUAGGUUGAAUAUAAGCAAUAAAGGGUUUCAAGAGCCAGUGCCAUGUAUGUUUAUAGAGCUGUAUCAUUUUUAAAUAAUAGAAUUUCACUUCUAAUGGCCGCAUCGUUAAACAAAAGGGGGAAAUACAUUUAAACUUGAAAUCGAAGUAAGAAUAACUAUUCGACAAAUGGCUGAUAUUACAAACUUUAUAACAUUGAUAAAUUAAAUAAAAUAGCAUGGCUGCACGUAUUUUAUUAUACUUGAAACAUACCAAGAUUCAGAAACGUUUAACAUUGCAUCGUGCACAAGGACACAUUGUAAGAAAUUAAACCAGAACAAACGCACCAAUGGGAUUAAUCGUGUCAAAGGGCAAAAUAAAAUAUUGUUUUUACAUAAUGCGAACCAAAACCUGAACAUUUGCAAUGUUUGUUUAGUAUAGUAUUUAUUUCGACAUAAAUUCUGACUAAUGCUAAAUACAUUAUUUUCACCCAGUUUGUUCUAGAUAAGGAACAAGUCUUUCUAAUUUGUUAUUAAUCACUGUCGUCUAUAUUCAAAUGGGAAAAUAAAUAAAAUAAUGCUCUUUUGGUAAGUGUGGUAAACUUGCGCAUUUAAUUAAUAUUCCUCCUUAAUAAUAUGAAUUUCGGUGGUGUUAUACUUAGUUGGGUUUGAUCGAAUCCCGGUCGGUGGUGAAAGAUUAUAAAGUAUUUACCAAGCCUGCUUCUCAUCCGUAUAAUACAACAUAACACAAAUACACGAUUAUUUAUCUCUAAUAUAUUAUUAUUCGAGUACUUAAGUGGUAAGGCAUUGUGUUAACUACAUUAACUCUUUUGUAAAUAGUAAAUAAUAGUAAAUUACUUGGUGAACAACAAAAUGGCAGCCAACGAAAAAAUUAUGCUCUUCGAUUAAAGUAAUUUUAUGAAUGACAGUAAAUUGUACAAACAUGAAUGUGGUAACCAAUGAACUUCAUCUAACGUUUAUUUAAAAUAACUCCAAAGGCACAAAUACAAUCCACGCUUCAGGCUCUGCUAUCGCUGCAUCUAUCCAUAUAAACAUUUUAUGUGUAAUUCAUUAAAGUCACGCGAGAAAGGUAAAAAUUUGCAUUUUUAAUUUGCAAAUGGCACGGGGCAGCAGCGUUGGACGUAUUAGUAUUCAUUCAACGCACCAAAUAAGUGACACUUUGAAAACAAACCAUUCAAUCAGUUAGCCGCCACAAUGUACAUAUUCAUAUGUUGUCUCAAUUCGGCAAGAUGAUUAUUUGAUAAUAUUACUUGGCAGCCUGGAGUAGCAAACUAAAAAACAAAGAUGUGUUUUCUAGGAUGAUCAUAAAUAGACCAAAGGGUCUCUGUGCAAAAGUCGCGCAAUGUGAAGUAAUGUAACAGAACGGUUCAAACUGGAGAAGAUUGUGGUCUUUCGCAAUGAUCUACUCAACUUUUUAUUUUGCUUAUACAGAACAAACAUUAAGCAAUAGCGUUUGUUACUAUAAACUCACGCGCACACACACACACACACACACACACACACACGCACUCACACACACGCACACACACACACACACACACACACACGCGCGCGCGCACCCCCACACACCCACACACACACCCACACACACAUCUAUUUUCAUCUUUGAAACCUCCUGAGAUUGGCCGUGUUAUUGGCUGUAAACGAGUCAUGGUGAAUGCCAAAUUUGCUGAACCAUUUGGCUAUAUAAAAAAACAAAGUCCAAUAACUAAACUGGAAAUAGAACUUCUGAAACGUAAUUCGAAAGAUACUCAUUUUUUUUUAAUCAUCAACGAAGUUUCGUCCAUUUUAAUUUUGUCAUGGAGGACGGUCAUCGAGUGGCAUUUCUGUAGAAACACGCACUCCCUGUACACCAGUUCAACGUCGGUCAUGUUUUAAAACACUGAUUUCAAUCUUACCGACCUCUGCU